AUGAUACUCUUCCAAUGCCUCUACCAAUCAGAACUGCAAAAACCAUAUGAAAGGAUACUCAGCACUGGAAUUGAAACUACAGAUGUAGAAGCUCUUCAGACGUGGCUUGCACUCAACAACUACCAGAACUACCUGGCCUUCAUUUUUGCCAUAGAAGAGAUCAACAGGAAUCCUCAUCUUUUACCUAACAUUUCUCUGGGAUAUGAGUUCCACAGUUUCCUUUACAGUCAUUGGAGGAUUCUGGAGAAUUCAUUCAUUUUGCUCACAGGUCAACAUAAGACCCCUAAUUACAUGUGCAGGACAGAAAGCAAGUGUGCAGCAGUACUGACAGAAUUGUCAUGGGGAACCUCAGCUCAGAUUGGACCACUGAUGGAACUAUACAAAUUUCCACAGGUUACCUUUGGCUCAUUUGACCCUACACUGACUGACAGUGGCCAGUAUCCUUCUCUCCAUCAGGUGGCCCCAAAGGACACUUACUUGGCCCUUGCCAUGGUGUCCUUGAUGCUUCAUUUCCACUGGACCUGGGUGGGCCUGCUUAUCACAGAAGGCCAUAAGGGUCUUCAGUUUCUCGCAGAUAUAAGAGCUGAGAUGGACACAAACAGAGUCUGUGUAGCCUUUGUGAAAAUGUUGUCAACUGUGACUGUGUCAUAUAUGUCAGCCAUGAAGAAACAUGAUAUCCUGACUGUGGAUACAUUAUCUGCCAAUGUGGUGGUCAUUUACUAUGAUGCUGAUGGUGCAAAUGACGUAAAUUACAACAUUGCACAAAACUUAGUGACAUGGAAAAUCUGGGUUUCAAACUCACGAUGGCAUGCUGAUCUGACUGGGAGUGAGUUUAUUCUGGACCCAUUCCAUGGGAUUCUGGUUUUUUCACAGCACCAUGAAGAGAUUUCAGGGUUCAAAUCUUUUGUCCAGGCAGCUACCCCUUUCAAAUACCCAGAAGAUACUUACCUCUUUAUGUAUUGGUCCAAGAAUUUUGAUUGCUCAUUCUCUGAGUCUGACUGUACCUUGAAGAACUGUAUCCCUAAUGCUUCUCUGGCUUGGUUGCCUCCAAAUCGUUUUGACACAGUUAUGAGUGAUAGGAGCUACAACAUAUACAAUGCCGUGUACGCUGUAGCCCAUGCUCUCCAUGAGAUGGUUUUUGAAGGAGUGCUAACACAGCCAAGGAGAAAUGCAAAACUGAUGAUGUUUUUCCCCUGGAAGCUUCAUCGCUUCCUGAAGAAUGUAGAAUUUAAUAACCGUGCUGGGGACAAAGUGAGCAUAGAUGACAGAAGAAAAUUGGACUCACAGUAUAAUAUUCUCAAUUUUUGGAAUUUUCCAGAAGGCCUUAGACUUAUGACUAAACUAGGCACAUUUUCCUCUCAUACUUCACAUGGUCAGAAAAUGACUUUAUCGGAGGAUAUCGUAGAAUGGGCCACAGGAGUUACCAAGAUAUGUCUUGCAAUUACUUUGAAAGAUACCAACGUCAAACUACUAAAAUACCCAUUCAAAGAUGUGGAACAGUGUGCAAAGUGUCCAGAUCAUCAAUACGCCAACAUUCAGAGAAAUUAUUGCCUGGACAAAACUGUGACUUUUCUGGUUUAUGAAGAACCCUUGGGGAAAGCUCUAGCUGGUGCAGCACUGAGUCUCUCUGUUCUAUCAGCUGCUCUGCUUGGACUCUUUGUGAAGCACAGAGACAUUCCCAUCGUCAAGGCCAACAACAGGGCUCUCAGCUACACCCUGCUCAUCUCCCUCACCUGCUGUUUCCUCUGCUCCUUGCUCUUCAUUGGUCGACCCAACGCAGCCACCUGCAUCCUGCAGCAGACCACGUUUGGAGUUGUGUUCACUGUGGCUGUUUCCACUGUCUUGGCCAAAACAAUUACUGUGGUGCUGGCCUUUAAGGCCACUGUCCCAGGUAGAAGGAUGAGACAGUUGCUGGUGUCAGGGGCACCAAACUUCAUCAUCCCCAUCUGCUCCCUGAUCCAAAUCACUCUAUGUGGAGUCUGGAUGGGGACAAAUCCACCCUACAUUGACACAGAAGCUCACUCUGAACAUGGUCACAUCAUCAUUAUUUGCAACAAGGGCUCCCUCACCGCCUUCUACAGUGUCCUGGGAUACAUGGGCCUGUUGGCUUUGGUGAGCUUCACUGUGGCUUUCCUGGCCAGGAACCUGCCUGACACCUUCAAUGAAGCCAAGUUCCUGACGUUCAGCAUGCUGGUGUUCUGCAGUGUGUGGGUCACCUUCCUGCCCGUGUACCACAGCAGCAAAGGGAAGGCCAUGGUGACCAUGGAGGUCUUCUCCAUCUUGGCCUCCAGUGCAGGGCUGCUGGGCUGCAUCUUUGUCCCCAAGUGCUACAUUAUUUUGUUAAGGCCAGAGAAUAAUUCUCUUCCUGACUUGAAAGGCAGAACACAUUCUGGAAGAGAAAAACUUUUCUUAAAGUAA